CGCCCGCACACCUGAGCGGCCAGGUGGCCGGGCUGGCUGGUCGCCGCGCAGACGGGCAACACCUCGGGGAGGCUACACGCUGCCGGUGUCCGUGGGGGAACCAGCACCGAGCCGCCACCAUGGGGAUGUCCAGAUCUCAGAAUUGCUUCGGCUACCCCCUGAGCAUCUUCUUCAUCGUCGUCAACGAGUUCUGCGAGAGGUUCUCCUACUAUGGGAUGCGCGCACUCCUCAUCCUGUACUUCCGGCGUUUCAUCGGCUGGGAUGACAACCUGUCCACUGCCAUCUACCACACCUUCGUGGCCCUGUGCUACCUGACACCCAUCCUGGGUGCGCUCAUCGCCGACUCCUGGCUGGGCAAGUUCAAGACGAUUGUGUACCUCUCCAUUGUCUACACAAUCGGGCAGGUGGUCACUGCAAUCAGCUCGAUUCAUGACCUCACGGAUGCCAACCAUGAUGGCACCCCCGACAAUAUGGCCGUGCACGUGGCCCUGUCCAUGAUCGGCCUGGCUCUCAUAGCUCUGGGGACAGGAGGCAUAAAACCCUGCGUGUCUGCGUUUGGUGGAGACCAGUUUGAAGAGGGCCAGGAGAAACAAAGAAACCGGUUCUUUUCCAUCUUUUAUUUGGCCAUUAAUGCCGGAAGCUUGCUUUCUACCAUCAUCACUCCCAUACUCAGAGUCCAGGAGUGUGGAAUUCACAGCAAACAGGCUUGUUACCCACUGGCAUUUGGGGUUCCUGCAGCUCUCAUGGCUGUCUCUCUGAUUGUAUUUGUCAUUGGCAGUGGAAUGUAUAAGAAGGUCAAACCCCAGGGCAACAUCAUGGCUAAAGUCGCCAGAUGCAUCGGUUUUGCCAUCAAAAACAAGUUUCGGCACCAGGGUUUUAAGUGUGGCGGCAGAGAGCACUGGCUGGACUGGGCCAGAGAGAAAUACGAUGAGCGGCUCAUCUCUCAAAUCAAGAUGGUCAUGAGGGUGAUGUUCCUGUAUAUCCCACUCCCAAUGUUCUGGGCCUUGUUUGAUCAGCAGGGCUCCAGGUGGACACUGCAGGCGACAGCUAUGAGCGGGAAAAUUGGAGGAAUUGAACUCCAGCCGGAUCAGAUGCAGACUGUGAACGCCAUCCUGAUCGUCAUCAUGGUCCCCAUCGUGGAUGCGGUCGUCUACCCUCUGAUCGCAAAGUGCGGCAUCAACUUCACCUCCCUGAGGAAGAUGACAGUGGGGAUGUUCCUGGCGUCCAUGGCCUUUGUGGUGGCUGCCAUCGUGCAGCUGGAAAUUGACAAAACCCUUCCAGUCUUCCCCCAAGCCAACCAAGUUCAAGUGAAAGUGCUGAACAUAGGAAACCAGAACAUGAUGGUCUAUUUCCCGGGACACGCAGUGAAUGUGAGCCAGAUGGGCCAUACUAAGUCCUACAUGACUUUUGAUGCAGACAAACUGAAUAUAAACAUUUCUGGCAUUGGCCAAUCAGUAACUACUCCCGUGGUCUCCAACUUUGAGAAAGGCCAACGCCAUACUCUUCUUGUCUGGGAUAGCAAUAAGUACCAAGUGGUAAAUGAUGGCCUUAACAAGAAGCCAGAUAAAGGAGAAAAUGGAAUCAGAUUUGUAAAUAAGUUCGAGCAGACCAUCAGCCUCACAAUGGCUGGGAAAGACUAUAACAUCACCAGUCACAAUGCCAGUGAAUACCAGUUCUUUCCUUACGGCAGUAAAAGCAUCACAGUCACCUCAGCAGGAUUUCCAGAAAGUUGUCGAACUUUCAAGUCCCCCUACCUCCAGUUUGGCAGUGCGUACACCUAUGUGCUCAAAGCGGAGACUAACGGCUGCCCUGGUGUGGAACCGUUUGAAGACAUCGCCCCCAACUCGAUUAACAUGGCCCUGCAGAUCCCCCAGUAUUUCCUCCUCACCUGCGGCGAGGUGGUUUUCUCCGUCACAGGAUUGGAGUUCUCCUAUUCUCAGGCCCCUUCCAACAUGAAGUCCGUGCUCCAAGCAGGAUGGCUGUUGACCGUGGCUGUUGGCAACAUCAUUGUGCUGAUUGUGGCAGGAGCAGGCCAGUUCAGCGAGCAGUGGGCCGAGUACAUCCUGUUCGCUGCCUUGCUUCUGGUCGUCUGCAUCAUCUUCGCCAUCAUGGCUCGGUUCUACACCUACGUCAACCCGGAGGAGACUGAAGCGCAGUUCGAUGAGGAGGAGAAGAAGAAGAAGAACCUGGACGGUGGGAACCUGGACUCUAGCAGCCCGGGCGAUGUGAACCUGGACAACGUAAAGCAGACGAAGAUGUGAAUGGCGGGAGGAUGCAUGAGUGGACGGACCCCAACAGGCCCUCAAGCCUGCCUCCUGGGGGCAGGGCUCUUUCAUGGCUACAAGACUUGACAAUUGCCAGCCAAACGCAGAUGGUUACUUUCCAUGGGCCUGAGAUGCAAGAAAUCUUUUUAGUUUUUAAAUAAUUGUCUUAUUUAAAACACACACACACGGUCUGGGAGAAGAUGGCUCAGUGGAUAAAGCACUGAACUCUCAAGCAUGAGGUCCUGAGUUCAAGCCCCAGCAGCACAUGUACCAGGGUGAUAUCUGGUGUUUUCCCUCUCCUGUCUUUCUCAUUAGUAAACAAAAUCUUUCACACACACACACACACACACACACACACACACACACACACACACACUUUUACAACCAACAAAGAGACCUUGUAUUUAAUUCCUUCUCUACUGCAAAUGAACUUGUGCUGGAUGAACUUAAUUUUUCCAAAGGAUGACGGAAUUCUCUCAGACUGUGCGAACAAUUCAGAGGCAGGAGCCAAGACGAAACGUGAGUUUGCGGGCUUGACAAGGGCGUAUCACAACCACCAGCGAGUACUGACUGGUAAUGACUCUGCCUUUCGGAUUUCAUUCUGUUUCUCCAGUCUCUACCUUAGUUCAAAUUAUGUAUAACUCAAAAGAGCACACAAGAAAGCAGCAGUAAUUAUUAUUUUUUUUCUUUCGAAGUUUCAACAGUAUAAAUUCACAGGCCAGUAAAAUAGCUCGCUGAGAUAGUGUGCUGCUCUGCCACGCACUCAACCCAGAUUUGAGCCUCCCCCCCAUCUCAUUGGAGGACAUUUUGGUGCUCUGGCUUCUUUCUCUCUUUCUCUUGUGGUCCCCUGACUCUGAAAAAGAAAAUAAAAUAAUUGCAUCCUUAAAAA